AUGGCGAGCACAUUGACUGACGACAAACGACCUCAAUUACAGCCCGUCUGUCAGAACUGCGGCACCUCCACCACACCCCUGUGGCGUCGGGACGAAUCCGGCUCCGUGCUUUGCAAUGCCUGCGGCUUGUUCCUCAAACUGCACGGCCGCCCUCGUCCGAUAAGCUUGAAAACUGAUGUGAUCAAGAGUCGCAACCGCGUGAAGACUGGCCAGGGCCCCAAACGCAAGUCUGGCGGCCCUAUCGAUCCCAAUGGUCUGGCGACACAAUCCGAUGUGGGAACCCCCCCUAUGGGCUCUCAUGGCUACCGUCGCGCGUCGCGUAAAAUGUCUCCGGGUCACUCGGAUCGAUCAAAUUCCCCCCUGUCGCGAACAGAGACACCCGGGUUCGCCUCCAUGCAUAACUCGAACAUCGCGCCUCAGCACAUGUUUGAUAGCGUUACUCGAGGUGAUGGUUCCUUGAGCUCGGGAAUGCCUUCUUUCCCUCUGCGUCAGCCCUCUCCAUCGGCCGUGGAUCGUCAGCUCGACUCCCCCCAGACAUACGAAAGCCUACUGGCCCUUAACACGUCCCUCAAGACCCGUGUCAGUGAACUGGAUCUGAUUAAUGAGCUAUUCCGUGGUCGCGUUGCAGAACUUGAGCAGAGCGACGCUAGCGCACGUCGGUCGGAGAUGAUUGCUCGCGAUUCGGAGUCUCGUCUGCGCCGCUCCCUCGAAGAGUCACAACACAGAGAGGAUGAACUUAAGCGACACAUCAAUGAUUUAGAGCGCCAGCUGGGUGGUGAAGCCGAUUUCCUAGAGCCCCACGCCAAGCGAAUUCGUCUCUCGGACGUGGUGGAGCAAUCGCCUGAGCAAUCGCCCACACAGACAAAGUCACCAAACAGUGCUUAA